GCAAGUGCGAACUUCGUCAUGUGCACUGACGAGGUGGCGGAGACCUGCCGCGGGCUCAUUGCGGCCGCGGACGAGAACGCAUGCUCCAGCCCCGUCGUGCUGCAUCUGCAGGACAACGUGACGGCGACCGACAUUGACGCCUUCUGCAAGGACCCGGCGUGCCUCACGCUGCUCGACCGCUACUCGCAGAUCGGGCUGCAGUGUCGGGGCUGCGGCCUCCCGGCGCUCGCGACCAUCGACCAGUUUGAGCGCUGGCCGCAGUUCACCAAGAUCUGCGCGCCCAGUUGCAAGCGCCAGUUCAAGACGUUCGCGCGCCACUUUUACUCGUGCUACGAGUACGACUCGGUCGAGUGGGGCACGCCGACGAGCGACACGUGCGCGUCGUGCAAGAGCCUCAACACGACGAUUCGCCAGACCGCGUUCGCCAACGACUGCGGCGGCAACGUCACGACCAUGUACACCUUUGUGCAGCUCAUGACGUCGCGCACCAAAGCGAACGACUCGCGCGACACAUCCCUCCUCAUGCGCACCUGCGAAAAGCUGUACGCGCCGCCGCCGCCGACCGCGACGCCGACGCUGACCCUCGGUGCGACCGACUCGUCUCUCAUCGUCGUUGCCGGCGCUGUUGUCGGGCUCCUCCUCACGAUCGGCCUCUUUGUGCGCUGGCACCGGCGGCCAUCACCGCCCAUGCCUCUUCUCAUCGACCCUUCAACACAAGAGGCAGCGGCCGACUCGCCGACCUCGGACCUCGAGUCACCAACGCUCGCGUUUGCCUCAUUACGCAACUCGACACUUGCGCUGCUGCCGGCCGACACGAUGGCGCAGCUCAUGGCGCUCUCCGUGCACGGCCACGUGUCGUGGCAGUACUCGAUCGCAAAAGGCGCCAACGGCCAAGUCUUUCUCGGGUUAUACAAAGGGCAAAGAGUCGCCAUCAAAGCUCUUUUGCCCGAGCGCUGCGACGUGCCGACGGACGUGUACGCGAUGGUCGACGAGAUUCUGAUGCUCUCAAGGCUGCAUCACGGCCACAUCACUGAGCUCAUUGGCGUCUCGUUCACCGUACCCGACCACGCACUCUGCUUCCUCAUCGAGUACAUGGACCAAGGCGACCUGCGCGAUCUCCUCGUGCAAAAUACGCCUGCCACCUACAUCCUUCCACGCAAAGUCGCCGCGGCGCUGAGCGUCGCGCAAGCGCUUGUCUACUUGCAUAACCUCAAGAUCAUCCACCGCGACCUCAAGUCCCGCAACGUGCUCGUCGACUCUCUCAAGGGUGCCAAGCUCUGCGACUUUGGCGUCGCCCGGCUCGCGUCCAGCCACGACACGAUGACGGUCGGUGUCGGCACGUACCGCUGGAUGGCGCCCGAGGUGCUCAGCGAGAACCAGUAUACAGUCGCCGCCGACGUCUUUUCGUUUGGCAUGGUGCUCUCCGAAAUCGUGACGCACCGCAUCCCGUACGCCGACAUCAAGUCCCGCACUGGCCAGCCGCUUGUCGACACGGCCAUCAUCAGCCUCGUGGUCAACGGCGCGAUCACGCCGACGCUGCCGCCCGACUGCGCACCCUGGCUCGUCGAGCUCAUUCUGCGCUGCAUCGCCACGGAACCGCACCAGCGACCGACGGCGAGAGACAUUGUGUUGGUGCUGCAGCGAUAUAGUACAACCAUGAAUGUGUAAACCACGGGACUAGCUAUUUAUGACGUCAAAGAAUCGACACUGUGUAUGCGA